UCUCCCUCUAGCAGCCACCAUGAUUAUCUACUGGGACCUCAUCAGCCACGAUGAGAUGUUCUCCAACAUUUACAAGAUCCAGGAGAUGGCGGACGGGCUGUGCCUAGGGGAGGAGGGGAAGAUGGUCAGUAGGACAGAGGGUAACAUUGAUGACUCGCUCAUUGGUGGAAAUGCCUCCGCUGAAGGCCCUGAGGGCGAAGGUACCAAAAGCACAGUAGUCACUGGUGUCAUGAACCAUCAUGUGCAGGAAAUCAACUUCACAAAAGAAGCCUACAAGAAGUACAUCAAAGAUUACAUGAAAUCAAUCAAAGGCAAACUUGAAGAACAGAGAGUAGAAAGAGUAAAACCAUUUAUGACAGGGGCUGCAGAACAAAUCAAACAUAUUCUUGCUAAUUUCAAAAACUACCAGUUCUUUAUUGGUGAAAACAUGAAUCCAGAUGGCAUGGUUGCUCUACUGGACUACUGUGAGGGUGGUGUGACCCCAUAUAUGAUUUUCUUUAAGGAUGGUUUAGAAAUGGAAAAAUGUUAACAAAUUUGGCAAUUACUUUGGAUCUAUCACCUGUCAUCAUAACUGAUUGCUGCUUGUCAUCCA